AGUUUUUUCCUCGACCUGUACGGCGUCCAUUUUUCUUCACAAAGCCGGCGUUUUCUCACAUUUGUUUGAGUGUGCCCUUGGCGGAUUGUCGCGUCUAAAGAUUUGGAGCGGAAAUAUUAAGACUUCUGUUGUAGGAAGUGGAUCUCGUUAUAUUUGACUUUUACUUGCAGCAAUUUCUUUGAGGGAAAUGUCCUACUCGACGAGGUCUGGUAGGCAAUCAGGUCGAGGAGGGCAGCAGCAAACUCAAGUUACAUACCAUCAAAGUCCUAGACAGCCUGGCCAGCAGCAAUCAUACCAGCAGUUCCAGCCACCACAAAUGAUGUAUCCUGCAAGUCAACCUGCUCCACCAGGAGCUUCCUCCCCCCUUCCUCAACACCAACAGCAGCAACAACAACAACAUCAGCAGCAACAGCAAUAUCAGCAAACUCAGCAGUCGCCCCAAACUCCCCAGUUCAAGACGCAGCAACCGGCUAUAGUGAAGAUGGAGACAUCCACACCAGCCAAGACUGGUGCACCUGAAGGUCAAGCAGCCCAGUCACCAGUAGUCCUCACACAUCAGAUUCCUGUGCCAUCCCAGCCUCAAGUUCCCACGCAGGCUCAAGGUGCAGCUCCAAGUGCUGCUCAAAGUCUAGCUCAGCCUGGACAGCUAAGUCUGAAGGAUGACGACUCUGAGGUAUCAGAGUUGAAACCAUGGAAGAAGCAGAAAAAUCCUUCAUUCAAGGUUAACAAGGUUUUGAAGAGACGCCGCCAGAAUGCCAGAUUCAGGAAGCUCCUCAUUCCUAAAAAUGCGAUCAUGGUGUUAAAUGAGUUGCAGCCUGGCAUUUCCUUUGAGGCGGAGGAGCAGACUAAUGCCUUCAGCCAGUUGACCUAUACUGUUAGAAUAAAUAUUGAUAAUACAACCUAUACUGGUGAAGGCCCGUCUAAGGCUGCAGCAAAAGCCGCUGCUGCUGAGUUGGCUGUGAAAGGUUUGAUCCUGAAAAAAAUUUCUGAUUCAGGAUGUAAGAAAGAAGGUGAUGAGGAAAUAAUGGACACUACAAGUGGUGAUGAUGCAUCAGAGAAAGGAUCCACCAAUGGUAGGAGAGUAAUUCCAGAAGAUGAGGUUCCAUGGGGCAGUCUUGCAUCUUUUGCUCUGUUUAAACUGUUUGCUGACUGGAAGGCACAGGGCACUAGUAUCCCAACUGUUAUGACUCCCCCUCCUGUGAAAACCAUUCACAAACCUCCUGGUCCCAAAACAACUACUCCUCCACCAAAGGGAGCAACAGUACUUCCUGAAAAUGCAGAGGCUCUUCAUCCCGUCACUCUUGUGGGUCGAGUUUUUCCUGGAACAUUAUUCACUGAAAUAUCACGAGAGGGAACCCCACCUUACCUCACAUUCUGUAUGGGAGCAACUGUUAAUGGAGUUACAUACACAGGAACAGCAAAGAGUAAGAAAGAAGCAAAGAAAUACUGCGCCAUUGAAGUACUGAAGGGAUCAAACAUACCAUAUAAUACCAACAUUUAACUCCAGUAGCUAUAUUUUACCAUAGCUAACCAUGUCAUUACUUCUCCUUCAUGUACUCACUAAAAGUAAUUUUAUAUGGUGACAAGAGAUAAAAAUCAGAUCUCUAUGACUCACCUAUAGAUUUAGUGCUGUUAUUUCAUUUCUUUUAUAAAAUUAAGAUCUUAUUUACAUCACUUGAUGUAUGCAUUGUGUUAUUUUAUAAUUUGAUAAUUGCUGUUUUGACACAAUACAAUUUGUUUUGUUCAUUUGUUUUAGUGAGCCUAUGAAUUGAGCUUUUGUCAAAAUAAUAUCUGACGGAAGAUUUGCUUUAUUCCAUUUAAUGUUUGUAAUUGUGUUUUAAUUAUUUUCUAUUUUUCUUUGGUGAUUUAAUUACCUAAGUCAUAAAGGUAGUACAUACAUUGUAAUGGAUUCUUAUAGGCCUUUCCUUUUUCACUCGAUUGGUUUUUGUUGCCCCAUGUUCACUUAUUGUUUUUAAGAACAGUAUUAACUCCUUUUUUCAGAUUUUUCUUGUUCAAUUUAUGUUAGUGAUUCAGUAGAUACUUUUAUUAUCGUGGUCCACACAUCUCACAAUCAAACUUUCCUUCUGAAAAUACACAUCACUGUAAUGUAAUAGCUGUUAAAUUUGUUUGUACUUUCAAAUCAUGUGUUGUGUGUGACAUCCUUUUUUAAUCAAAGAUGUGGACCAUGCACACUGCACAUUUACAAUAGUAGCAUCAAUGUAUAUUUGGAUGCCAUUCACUAUUUUUGUGUGGAAUCAAAGUAUUGAAAUAUCUGCAAAAAGCUUAUGUUAAUGGGUAGAUCUUAAGGUGUGAAUAAUAGUAAAACCCAACUUGA